AAGUCUUAUUUUUCUUCUGGAGAGAAUUACAUUAGCAUCCUUGCCUGUUAUUACUAAAAAGGAUUUCUCAUAUACUUUUUAUAGCACCUUUGAUUUUUAGGCUGAAGGCUUUUAGGUAAACUUAAAUGGAUUCUUCCAAUAUGCAUGUCUGAAAUGUUGACCUCUGCACUUUACUAAUGUAUAUUUCAUUUUACAAAGUUAAUUUAGGGGCUUUUCUAUUGCUCCAGGCAAUAUCUAGUAUAACCUCGAACAAUAUCUAGUAUAACAUUGGACACAAUGUUUUUUUUUCUUCUUUUGCAAGUCAUAACUAGAGAUGUGAUCAUUAUACUGUGUGUCCUUUAAUCUUGAUGUUUUAAUAGAAGUUCAAGUGUUGUUUCCUUUAAACAAUUAAGUUCAGUUCAAAAGACAGAAUAAAUUCAAAGCUUUUUAAAAACUCUAAUUUUAGAGUCCAAAUUGUGAUAAGUACUUCAGCCUUGGGAUUUUGAUAUGCUCAGAAGCUUUAUUUUGAGUAGUCAUUAACUUGUGAUUUGGCCCAGAUCACCAUGUAAGGUCAUAGGAGCUACAGGCCUCUUAUCUCUGACUAGCCUGUCCCCUGGGAUAAAAAGUGUGUUCCAAAAGAAAGAGCAAGAUCUCAGUGUGAUUAAAUCAAGUCUCCAGGGAAAUAUAAUAGUCCUAAGAAAAUAGCAGGUUUUAAGACAUCAUCAUGCAGGAAAGGAACUGAUAGACCCAAAUGAGCCCUAAGAAAAAGGGAAGUGCUUGAGGCUGGUACACACUGUAGACUUUCCCAGUAGAGCUGUGCCAACCACAAGGGCAAAUCGAAGUUGUCAAGCCUGAUAAUAAAGAAUCAGAUUACUUGCAUUUUUGCAGUGGAGAGUUCAUAGAACGCUUUCAUGGAAUCAAGCAGUAACCUGUUACCCUUGUCUUCCUUUUGCUCCCAAACUUAACAGCCCCAUGAACUUCUUUUUUAAUUAUACUCCUUCCAUCCUAGUUCUUGAAUAGCAUUUUCCUAAUUGUUAUUCAACACUUCUCAAAUAUCAGAGGCAGUAAUAGCACAUCCUGGCAUCUAACCCAUGGUUGUACCUCAGGAAUACACUGACUGCCUUGGUGGUGGCCAAAUGCCAGUUCCUGUAGCCAAGUUGUGGUUUGGGCGGGUAGACCCAUUUCCCUUCUGUAACCCUAUCACAGUUGCCAGCUUUAUUUCUCCCCCACCAGAACCUAAGCUUCUACAAGGCAGGAGCUACGACUUUUGUCUCUCUUAACUCCAGAGCCAUGUCUGCUAAAAUCAUGGAAGACAGAGAUGUCAAUAACCCCAUGCCCAACCGAGGAGGCAAUGGAUUAGCUCCUGGGGAUGACAGAUUCAAACCUGUGGUACCAUGGCCUCAUGUUGAAGGAGUAGAAGUGGACUUAGAGUCUAUUAGAAGAAAAAACAAGGCCAAAAAUGAACAGGAGCACCAUGCUGGAGGAGAUUCCCAAAAAGACAUAAUACAGAGGCAGUAUCUCACAUUUAAGCCUCAGACAUUCACCUAUCGUGAUCCUGUGCUACGCCCCGGGAUCCUUGGUAACUUUGAACCCAAAGAACCUGAGCCUCAUGGAGUGGUUGGUGGCCCUGGAGAACAAGCCAAGCCAUUGGUUUUGGGACCAGAAUUCAAACAUGCAGUUCAAGCCAGCAUUAAAGAGUUUGGAUUUAACAUGGUGGCAAGUGACAUGAUCUCACUGGACCGCAGCGUCAAUGACUUACGUCAAGAAGAAUGCAAGUAUUGGCAUUAUGAUGAAAACCUGCUUACUUCAAGUGUUGUCAUUGUCUUCCAUAAUGAAGGAUGGUCAACCCUCAUGAGAACAGUCCACAGUGUAAUAAAAAGGACUCCAAGGAAAUAUUUAGCAGAGAUUGUGUUAAUUGAUGAUUUCAGUAAUAAAGACCACUUAAAAGAAAAACUGGAUGACUACAUUAAGAUGUGGAAUGGCCUAGUAAAGGUAUUCCGAAAUGAGAGAAGAGAAGGAUUAAUUCAAGCACGAAGUAUUGGUGCUCAGAAGGCUAAACUUGGACAGGUUUUGAUAUACCUUGAUGCCCACUGUGAGGUGGCAGUUAACUGGUAUGCACCACUUGUAGCUCCCAUUUCUAAGGACAGAACCAUUUGCACUGUGCCGCUUAUAGAUGUCAUAAAUGGCAACACAUAUGAAAUUGUACCCCAAGGGGGUGGUGAUGAAGAUGGGUAUGCCCGAGGAGCAUGGGAUUGGAGUAUGCUCUGGAAACGGGUGCCUCUGACCCCUCAAGAGAAGAGACUGAGAAAGACAAAAACUGAACCGUAUCGGUCCCCAGCCAUGGCUGGGGGAUUAUUUGCUAUUGAACGACAGUUCUUCUUUGAACUGGGUCUGUAUGAUCCAGGUCUCCAGAUUUGGGGUGGUGAAAACUUUGAGAUCUCAUACAAGAUAUGGCAAUGUGGUGGCAAAUUAUUGUUUGUCCCUUGUUCUCGUGUUGGACACAUCUACCGUCUUGAGGGCUGGCAAGGAAAUCCUCCACCCCUUUAUGUUGGGUCUUCUCCAACUCUAAAGAAUUAUGUUAGAGUGGUAGAGGUUUGGUGGGAUGAGUACAAAGACUACUUCUAUGCUAGUCGUCCUGAAUCAAAGGCAUUACCAUAUGGGGAUAUAUCUGAGCUGAAAAAAUUUCGAGAAGAUCACAACUGCAAAAGCUUCAAAUGGUUCAUGGAAGAAAUAGCUUAUGACAUCACCUCACACUACCCUUUGCCACCCAAAAAUGUUGACUGGGGAGAAAUCAGAGGCUUUGAAACUGCUUACUGCAUUGAUAGCAUGGGAAAAACAAAUGGAGGUAUUGUUGAACUUGGACCCUGCCACAGGAUGGGAGGAAAUCAGCUUUUCCGAAUCAAUGAAGCAAAUCAGCUCAUGCAGUAUGACCAGUGUUUGGCAAAAGGGCCUGAUGGAACAAAAGUUAUGAUUAUGCACUGUAAUCUAAAUGAAUUUAAGGAAUGGCAGUACUUCAAGAACCUGCACAGAUUUACUCACAUUCCUUCAGGAAAGUGCUUAGAUCGCUCCGAGGUCCUACAUCAAGUGUUCAUCUCUAAUUGUGACUCUAGUAAAAUGACUCAAAAGUGGGAAAUGAAUAAUAUCCACAGUGUUUAGAAAGAAUAAAAGAAACCAAUAAUCUACCUACUGACAAGUAAAUUUAUACAGGACUGAAAACCGCCUGAAACCUGCUGCAACAAUUAUUAUUAACUCUGUACAGCUCCAAACCUGGAACCUCCUGAUCAGUUUGAAGGACAUCGAUAAACUGUGAUUUUACAGUAACAUUAUCAUCUGCAGUUACUGUUUACAAAACUGCUUUUACCUUAAACUUUGUAGAUGUUUACAUCUUUUUUGUUUUGUUUUAAGAUGAUGUUGGUAAUUUGUGCCUUUAACUCUGUUUUGUGGGAACAGAGUUAAAAGCAUGUUGUCUUCUUUGGGAUUACACUCAGGGGUCUGAAAGGCAGUUUGAUUUUUUUUUUUUUAAACACUUGAAAAAAGGUUGUAGUAACCAGACUUUCAUAUAUAACUUGGUGAUUAUCAACCUCUUGUGUCUUUAUUUAAUUUUACAUCUUUUUGAAGCACUGCCACAGGUUAUUAGCCAAGGUGGCCUUCCUUCACAGUCAUGCUGCUUUUUUGAAAGGUGAAUUUCAACACAUUUAGUGCCUCUUUCAUUUCUCAGUAUAUUUUUCAAGACCUUUUGAUGAGAUUUAUAGGAUGGUAAUGAUGGAAUGAAUUGUCACCUGUAUCAGGAAUACUUAGACGUCUCAGAAAUGAAUUUGUGUGCUGCCAUUUGCUAUGAAGUUGAAUGUUAUGUGGCUUGAGUAAGAAAUGAUGAUAUGUAACAUCUUAAGGCUUUAGUACAUGGGGUUUAAAAAUUGUGUGGCAUUAACUUCCACCCAGACCUGCUGGCAUUCUCAGUGCCAUCUGUUCAUGCCAACUCUUAGGGUAGCAAAGGGAUCUUCCAACUAGAGAAAAAUUGUACUCCUACAUUUAGGAUUUACUUUUCCCCGGUACCUGUUGAUACAGAAAGCUAUAAAUAAAUCUAAGUUUUGAAACUUGGGCAGGGCGGGGGAUACCCAAAACAAUAAAACACUGCUAUAAUAAACACGUCAAAGGUUCAUUCUGGCUGAGGUAAGAAUUUCUAAGCCCUUUUUAGAUUAAGCCUUAUAAAAUUCCUGUGCAUUACAUCCUAAGUUGUGUAACCUAUGAAACCAAGAGUGAAUUGAUAUUUCAUUUAUCUUCAUCCAAAUGAAAUUCCCUAUAUAUAUUUUAAAUUACUAAGAAUACCACUCAUUAACAAUUGUGAAUUACUUUCUGUUGAAUCGGGUAUUAAUUCUCUUGUAUUUCUUAAUUUCUUUUUUAGUAAGUGUAUUUUUAUUAGCAUUUUUCCAGUGAAAAGAUUUGCUUAGGUUUAAACAUUUACUAGGACAGUACCUACUAAAGGAGAACCAAAUACUGCAAAUAGUGUAUUCAAUUUUGAUGUCUAAAUAAAGUAUUUUAUUACCCAAAAGAUUAAAAUGCUUAGGUUGGGUGCUUAAAAAAAUGUGAUAAGGUGGAAAAUGGCAAGUAAAUUAAGCAUUUUUGAUCUGUAAUCAUGGUAUCAUCACAGUGAAAGGAAUCAAAAAACUACUGCCAUGGGGAAAUAUUUUUAAAGCCUAAAAAAGAAAGAAUCCUACAUCUGUUUAAAAGAAAAGCCUACAUAUUUGUUUCAUCCAAACUUAGUUCUUAAAUUUGGAGAGUAAAAGUUAAACAUCCUAAACAGUUUUAUUCAAAAUUUUGAGUUUUCAGUUUGUAUUUUGCUACUGAUCUGUGCUCAGCCAUUUUAAUGUUCAUCCAUUUCUAGGGAUAUUUUAAAAGAAAUACAUUUAUAUGCUUAUAUAAUUGCAAAAUCAACUAUAAAAAAGAAACCAAGAGAGAAUUGAAUUGGUACUUUAAUUACUUUGUGUUGGCAAAUAGGCCCCAUUUUCCAUGUUGAAUAGAUUAUAACCUUGUUAUCUAUGCAUAGGUCUAAGAAAGGUGGCACAUGAACUGUGCAUGUAAUUUUAUGGGUAAAUUAAAUUUUUUUGUGCAGUUCGUUAAAAGAAGAUACUUUAUGAACAUGAUUCUAUAUAUUGAAAUCAGAAACCUUACCAAACGUGAAAAACAUCAGAAGCUGCUGCCAUAAUGACUAUUUUCUACUGUAGGCUGCUUUGGAAAUAAUUCCCAUAUCCUUGCUUUGUAAGUUGAUAAUAUCACUAUGCAUUUCUACACAUUUUAUAAAUUUGAUUUAUGCAGAUUUUGAUACACUGUAUGUUUCUGUAGAAAUUGUACAAAUAUUCAAAAUUUUAUUAGGGUAAAUUUGAGAAGCUUAUGUAUAUCCUAAUUCUGGGUUGCUUGUUUUUUAGGUGAGAAAAAAAUAAAAUAUUGUAUUUUAACCCA